AAUUUUGCAGCACGGACUCUCACUCAAGUUUCACUCCCCACAAAAAUCCUGACAGCCCCUCGUUCCUCAUCUCAUCAUUGCAUACCAACAAACAGCAACCCCCGCCCCCAUAACCGCCACUUGCUUCGAAACCAACCUUAGCUUCGCACCGGUCCUUCUAGAAGAUUCCCGUUAUGACACUGAACUUGUGCUCUCCAUGCUUCUCUCGCCUCCUCCUUCGUCACUCUUCUUCUCCGCUCAACAAACUCCCCGAAACCUGUGCAAACCACAGCUCCAACACUCUUCUUCCAACUCUCAUCUUCUCCUCUUCUCCGUUUCUUCCCUUCACUUCCAACAACCUCUCCAGAGCUUCCCUUAGUGAAAGCCACAAUGAGAUUUCUCAGGAUGCCGGCCAGCUCGACCACCACCAGCUCCUCCUCCGAGUCGCCGCCUCUGCCAAAGACGCCGAUGAUGCCUUGCUCAUGAUCGCACAGAACUCUUCAAGAAACGGAGGCGGCCUCGUUUCCGCUGACGAUUCUUCCACCAUCAUCUCCGCCGCGCUUCAGCGGAACAAUUCCGAGCUCGCGUUGUCCAUUUUCUACGCCAUGCGCGCAAGUCUCGAUUCAGUUGGCGGGAAUGGACCUUUGGUUGAGGGAUGGAAGUGGUCGAGGCCAAAUGCACAUGUAUAUACGAUCUUGAUUCAGGGUUUGGCGGCAUCUCUGAGGGUUUCUGAUGCCCUUAGGGUGCUCAAAUAUAUCUGUGAGGUUGGGGUAUCCCCUGGUGAGGAGGUCCGAUUUGGAAAGGUAGUGAGGUGUCCUAGUUGUCAGAUAGCUGUUGCAGUUGCACAGCCACAACAAGGUAUUCAGAUUGUAUCUUGUUCAAAGUGUCGCUACCAGUAUGAGCUUGUUUCAGGUGACAUAGUUAGUAUUCAGUCAGAAGAAAUCAGGAUCUCCUCCUGCCGAACGCAGCAUGGACAUUACAGCGUGGGAAAGGGGGUUAAAGUUGUAAUCGAGGACCUAUAUAUGACUUGUGUGCAAACCCCUUCUGGUAUGGCUCGCACCCACAGAUUUGCAACCGAGACGGUUGAUGUUCCCGCACAAGAAGGUGAAAGGGUAACUGUUGCGGUGGCAGCUCCAUUAAAUGUAUAUAGAAAAGUGGGGCCCUUUAAAUUUAGCCCAAGGGCCCCUGAUCUCUAUCCUGGCGAGGCUAUGUGCAUAACAAACCACAAAGAUGGGCGAGAAUCAAUUCUGUUAAGAGCCCCAACAAAAGAGGGAAAUUCAUCAUUACUUAAUCCCUCAGUCCUCUUUCCCCUUCUUGCUGUCCUUGCCACUGGUGAUGCUGCCUCUGGACUUAUUGACCCCGGGUUGCCCCAAUUCCUAUCAGUUGUUGCAGUUUCAUCACUCGCUGUUGGAGCCACGUUAAAUUCCGUCGUUUUUCCACAGUUGAAGCAGCUUCCACAAGGGUCGGUUGAGGUUACUGCUAUCAAACAACGACUUCUAUCUCAGUAUGAUGUGAUUCUGUCACGCAUCAAAGACCUAAAAGAGGCUGCUGAAAAAGAGAUCUGGAUGUUAGCUCGAAUGUGCCAACUCGAGAACAAAAUUUCAGCUGUUGGAGAACCUUCUUAUCGGACUCGUAGAAGUAAAGUCAAAAGGGUGCGAGAGAGCCUGCAAAACUCCCUCAGGGGAAGGAUUGAAUUGAUUGAUAGCUAUGCCAGGAUUUCUUCAAUGAUUGAAAUUGAAGUGGAGAUGGAAACAGAUGUUCUUGCUGCUGAAACUGCUAGCAAUGCGGAUACUAUCACAGAACAGAUAGAGCAAAUUAUGGAGAUGGAAAAUCUGGAGGAGAGAUGGAAAAUAGAAGCAGAAGCCAAUGACGAGGCCGAAAGAAUCCUUAGUUCUCAACCUAUGCCUUCUGAGGACGUUUAAUUUUGUAUAUGCAACUGGCUCGUGCUGCUGCAUCAUCACUUGAGCUUAACUCCCCAGCUUAAUGGGCUAUUAUUAUUCUUGACUGAGUAAUAGAGCAGCAAGGUCAACUUUGUCUGG